AUGGCGGCCCAGGUGACGCUGGAGGACGCGCUGUCCAACGUGGACCUGCUGGAGGAGCUGCCUCUGCCCGACCAGCAGCCCUGCAUCGAGCCCCCGCCGUCCUCGCUGCUGUACCAGCCGAAUUUCAACACUAACUUCGAAGACAGAAAUGCAUUUGUCACCGGAAUUGCAAGAUACAUUGAACAAGCCACCGUGCAUUCUGGCAUGAACGAGAUGCUGGAGGAGGGCCAGGGCUACGCCGUCAUGCUGUACACCUGGAGGAGCUGCUCCCGGGCCAUCCCACAGGUGAAAUGUAACGAGCAGCCUAACCGAGUGGAAAUUUACGAGAAGACGGUGGAAGUCCUCGAGCCGGAGGUCACAAAACUGAUGAAUUUUAUGUACUUCCAGAGGAACGCCAUCGAGCGCUUCUGCGGGGAGGUGCGGCGCCUGUGCCACGCAGAGCGCAGGAAGGACUUUGUGUCGGAGGCCUACCUGGUCACACUGGGCAAGUUCAUCAACAUGUUCGCCGUGCUGGACGAGCUCAAGAACAUGAAGUGCAGUGUGAAGAACGACCACUCGGCCUACAAGCGGGCUGCUCAGUUUCUGCGGAAGAUGGCAGACCCGCAGUCGAUCCAGGAGUCACAGAACCUGUCCAUGUUCCUGGCCAACCACAACAAGAUCACACAGUCUCUGCAGCAGCAGCUUGAGGUCAUUGCUGGCUACGAAGAGCUCCUGGCAGACAUCGUGAACCUGUGCGUGGAUUACUACGAGAACAGGAUGUACCUGACGCCCAGCGAGAAACACAUGCUCCUCAAAGUCAUGGGAUUUGGUCUGUACUUGAUGGAUGGGAGUGUCAGCAACAUCUAUAAACUAGACGCCAAGAAAAGAAUAAACUUGUCCAAGAUCGACAAGUUUUUCAAGCAGCUGCAGGUGGUCCCACUGUUUGGGGACAUGCAGAUAGAACUCGCAAGAUACAUCAAGACCAGCGCCCACUACGAGGAGAACAAAUCUCGGUGGACGUGCACGUCCUCCAGCAGCAGCCCCCAGUACAACAUCUGCGAGCAGAUGAUCCAGAUCCGCGAGGACCACAUGCGCUUCAUCUCCGAGCUGGCGCGCUACAGCAACAGCGAGGUUGUCACGGGCUCCGGCCGCCAGGAGGCCCAGAAGACGGACGCCGAGUACCGGAAGCUCUUCGACCUGGCGCUGCAGGGCCUUCAGCUGCUGUCCCAGUGGAGCGCGCACGUGAUGGAGGUGUAUUCGUGGAAACUGGUGCACCCGACAGACAAGUACUCCAACAAGGACUGCCCCGACAACGCUGAGGAGUACGAGCGUGCCACGCGCUACAACUACACCAGCGAGGAGAAGUUCGCGCUGGUGGAGGUGAUCGCCAUGAUCAAGGGCCUGCAGGUGCUGAUGGGCAGGAUGGAGAGCGUGUUCAACCAUGCGAUCCGGCACACGGUGUACGCCGCCCUGCAGGACUUCUCGCAGGUCACGCUGCGGGAGCCGCUGCGCCAGGCCAUCAAGAAGAAGAAGAACGUCAUCCAGAGUGUGCUGCAGGCCAUCAGGAAGACCGUGUGCGACUGGGAGACCGGCCACGAGCCCUUCAACGACCCGGCCCUGCGGGGCGAGAAGGACCCCAAGAGCGGCUUCGACAUCAAAGUGCCGCGGCGCGCCGUGGGACCCUCCAGUACGCAGCUUUACAUGGUGAGAACCAUGCUAGAGUCCCUCAUUGCGGACAAAAGUGGCUCCAAGAAAACCCUGAGGAGUAGCCUUGAGGGGCCCACCAUUCUGGACAUAGAGAAAUUCCACCGCGAGUCCUUCUUCUACACUCACUUGAUAAACUUCAGCGAGACCCUGCAGCAGUGCUGCGACCUCUCGCAGCUGUGGUUCCGAGAGUUCUUCCUGGAGCUCACCAUGGGCCGGCGCAUCCAGUUCCCCAUCGAGAUGUCCAUGCCCUGGAUCCUGACCGACCACAUCCUGGAGACCAAGGAGGCGUCCAUGAUGGAGUACGUCCUCUACUCCCUGGACCUUUACAACGACAGCGCCCACUACGCCCUCACCAGGUUCAACAAGCAGUUUCUCUACGACGAGAUCGAGGCAGAGGUGAAUCUGUGCUUCGACCAGUUUGUGUACAAGUUGGCCGACCAGAUCUUUGCAUAUUACAAGGUCAUGGCCGGAAGCUUGCUUCUGGACAAACGGCUGAGGUCCGAAUGCAAGAACCAGGGGGCCACGAUCCACCUCCCGCCCUCCAACCGCUACGAGACGCUGCUCAAGCAGAGGCACGUGCAGCUCCUGGGCAGGUCCAUUGACCUCAAUCGCCUGAUCACCCAGCGCGUCUCGGUGGCCAUGUACAAGUCCCUGGAACUGGCUAUCGGACGCUUUGAAAGCGAAGACCUGACCUCAAUCGUUGAGCUGGACGGCCUCUUGGAAAUCAACCGCAUGACACACCAGCUGCUGAGCAGGUACCUGUCGCUGGACAGCUUCGACGCCAUGUUCCGGGAGGCCAACCACAACGUGUCCGCGCCCUACGGCAGGAUCACCCUGCACGUCUUCUGGGAGCUCAACUACGACUUCCUGCCCAACUACUGCUACAACGGCUCCACCAACCGAUUUGUUCGGACAGUAUUACCAUUUUCUCAAGAAUUUCAAAGAGACAAGCAGCCAAACGCACAGCCCCAGUAUUUGCAUGGGUCCAAGGCGCUGAACCUGGCGUACUCCAGCAUCUACGGAAGCUUCCGGAACUUCGUGGGGCCCCCGCACUUCCAGGUCAUCUGCCGGCUGCUCGGCUACCAGGGCAUCGCGGUCGUCAUGGAGGAGCUGCUGAAGGUCGUCAAGAGCCUGCUGCAGGGCACCAUCCUGCAGUACGUGAAGACGCUGAUGGAGGUGAUGCCCAAGAUCUGCCGCCUGCCCCGGCACGAGUACGGCUCCCCCGGCAUCCUGGAGUUCUUCCACCACCAGCUGAAGGACAUCGUGGAGUACGCGGAGCUGAAGACCGUGUGCUUCCAGAACCUGCGGGAGGUGGGCAACGCCGUGCUCUUCUGCCUGCUCAUCGAGCAGAGCCUGUCCCUGGAGGAAGUGUGUGACUUGCUGCACGCAGCCCCCUUCCAGAACAUCCUGCCGCGUGUCCACGUGAAAGAGGGAGAGCGGCUCGACGCCAAGAUGAAGCGGCUGGAGUCCAAGUACGCCCCCCUGCACCUCGUCCCCCUGAUCGAGAGGCUGGGGACCCCUCAGCAAAUCGCCAUCGCGAGAGAGGGGGACCUGCUGACCAAGGAGCGGCUCUGCUGUGGCCUGUCCAUGUUCGAGGUCAUCCUGACGCGGAUCCGGACCUUCCUGGACGACCCCAUCUGGCGCGGGCCCCUGCCCAGCAAUGGCGUCAUGCACGUGGACGAGUGUGUGGAGUUCCACCGGCUGUGGAGCGCCAUGCAGUUCGUGUACUGCAUCCCCGUGGGCACGCACGAGUUCACGGUGGAGCAGUGCUUUGGCGACGGGCUGCACUGGGCCGGCUGCAUGAUCAUCGUGCUCCUCGGGCAGCAGCGGCGCUUUGCUGUCCUGGACUUCUGCUACCACCUGCUUAAGGUCCAGAAACAUGACGGCAAAGACGAGAUCAUCAAGAAUGUGCCUUUGAAGAAGAUGGUGGAGAGAAUUCGCAAGUUCCAGAUCCUGAACGACGAGAUCAUCACCGUGCUGGACAAGUACCUGAAGUCGGGCGACGGGGAGAGCACGCCCGUGGAGCACGUGCGCUGCUUCCAGCCCCCGAUCCACCAGUCCCUGGCCAGCAGCUGA